AUGGCAGCCGCCGCCGCCCCCGAUGCCGGAGAGUGGUCCGCCGCUGCGCGGCUCCGCCUCGUGUGGCGCGUCGUGCGGGCGGCGGAGCUCCUAGCCCUGGCCUUCGUCCUUUCCCGCUCCUUCCCCCGCCUCCCCUACGCCGCGUCUGCGGCCUCCUCUGCCCUCCGCCUCGCCGCCUCACUCCUCCUCCAACCGCGCUCCAUCUUCGUCAUCGCCAACGCCAUCGUGUUCCUCCUCUACGUCUUCUCGCGCCGCGACCCGUCGCCAUCUUCCUCUGCCUCCUACCAGGACUCCCAGGACCAGUUCCUUUCCUUCACCGCCACACCGCUGCUGUCGCCAUCGACCACCGAGGCGUCGGCUCUGGCGCCCGAGACGGACGCGGUGUUCGAGGACAAGCAGGCGGUGCACGUGACGGUGCGCGCCCCGCGUCGGAGCAGAUCGGAGAAAAUCGGCGGCGGAAAACAUGGCGGGAGGAGGAGGGCGGGAUCGCCGGAUAUGCGUCGGUCCGAUUCGGAGAACGGGCGGCGGCGUCGGUCGACGUCGUCGGCGGCCCCAGAGGAAUGCGGUGCGGAGGACGAGAAGGAGGAGUUCCGGAGGGCAGUCGAGGCGUUCAUCGCCAAGCAGCAGACGCGGUUUCACCGCGAGGAGUCCUUUGUCUUGGUCGACGGCGCCGGCGUCGGAGACGAUGCUCAGGCGAUCACCGUAGCUGUGAAGUGA